ACUUCUUCCUCCCUAUUCUAUCCUUCUUCCAUUUCAAUUUCACAGAGACAACAGAGACGGAGACGGUUCCAUAAUCACGAUUCUCCGCUUUGUUUUUGGUUACAAUUGUAGCAAACCAAGGACUACAGCACUCACCAGUCGCCAGCUAGCUCUGUUCUCCAAUCUCCAUGUCUAAGAAACGGGGACUCUCUUUGGAGGAGAAGCGUGAGAAGAUGCUUCAGAUAUUUUACGAGUCGCAGGACUUCUUUCUUCUCAAGGAACUCGAGAAGCUCGGUCCUAAGAAAGGUGUAAUCACUCAGUCCGUGAAAGAUGUCAUCCAGAGUCUUGUGGACGACGACCUGGUUUUAAAAGACAAAAUAGGAACAUCGAUCAGGGCUGAACAAUUUCUUCAUCCCAGGUAUACUUUUGGAGCCUUCCUAGCAGUGCGGGAAAUCAGGUGCAGCAUUGAUCUGAAGAAUGUAUACGACAAACUUAAAUCUGAUUUGGAAAGCAGUAAUAAGCGGUACAAGGAGCUUGUUGAACAGUCUGCAGCCCUGAAGAAGGGGCGUGAAGAAUCAGAUGAACGAGAUGUAGCCUUGACUGAGCUGAAAGGUCUUCAAGCAAAGCACAACGAGCUGAAGGAGGAGUUGGCAAAACAUGCAGAUAAUGAUCCAGCUGCCUUCGAAGCAAUGAAGGAAGCUAUCGACGUCGCCCAUGCAGCUGCAAACAGAUGGACAGACAAUAUCUUCACAUUGAGGCAAUGGUGUUCAAAGAACUUCCCCCAAGCGACAGAGCAGCUCGAUAACCUCUUCAAGGAGGUGGGGGUAACGGAUGAAUUUGACUACUUGGAGCUUCCACCUGCUCUCCCUCUCAGUUCAGUUAGCGUCCCCAAGGCUGAAGGCACUCCCUAGACUAUCUGGUUCACAGGCUCAUCAUUACAAUCUGGUGUAGAGUUGGCAUCAAGUAAACACAUAUAAGAUUAUAUAAAGCCAUAAAACAUAAUUUGACAUUAUAAUUGAUUAUUGGGUUAAUAUUCUAGAUUGGUCAGAAGUUUAAAUGUCAGUUUUGACUAAAAGACAUUUAUAACCAACUUUUCAAAUCAAUAGGU